UGGCGCCGCUCGGGGUCCUUCCGUGCGCUUUGAUACGAUUGGCCGAGGGAGAGAGUUUCUCUUUUCCUCCCUGGCUGUCUGAAGAUCUGUUGCCAUCAUGAAUGACACAGUAACCAUCCGGACCCGGAAGUUCAUGACUAACCGACUCCUCCAGAGGAAGCAAAUGGUUAUUGACGUCCUUCACCCUGGGAAAGCAACAGUACCUAAGACAGAAAUUCGGGAAAAACUUGCCAAAAUGUACAAGACAACCCCAGAUGUCAUUUUUGUGUUUGGAUUCAGAACCCAUUUUGGAGGUGGCAAGACAACCGGUUUUGGCAUGAUUUAUGAUUCCUUGGAUUAUGCAAAGAAAAAUGAACCCAAACAUAGACUUGCAAGACACGGCCUGUAUGAGAAGAAAAAGACCUCAAGAAAACAGCGGAAGGAGCGCAAGAACAGAAUGAAGAAAGUCAGGGGCACUGCGAAGGCUAAUGUUGGGGCUGGCAAAAAGAAAUGAAGUGUCUGGCAGUGAGCUGGAGAUUGGAGAACAGCCGAAGGAGUAGAGACUGCAGUGCCUGUCUGUGGUGACGCGCCUUUUUCUCGGGAAGAUGAAUAAACUGUAAAAGCUC